ACCUUUUUUUACAAUGGCAGCUGACCUGCUGUGGGGAGAAAGGAAUACUGCAUGCAUAUGCACAUGCAUACACAGUCCCUCAGGAGGCACCGCUGUGUGGUUUUGGACAAGUUUAGCUGGAUUUAGCGUUUUCCCAUUGCACUAGGAUCUAAAUGACAUUCCUUCACCCACCUUUGGAUUUUCACACUAAAAAUUAGUGCGAGUUGAAAUGUUUAGUUUCCUGUGCCCUAGUAGCUGAAAGACUUCAGAUGAUCUCCAGGGUGGAGACUGUCAUGGUUCAUUGUGGUCUGCAGGUGUAGGGAUAUUUUUUAUUGUAGGUGCAUGUUUGCAGUACAGUUUGUGGGCAUCAGAGGUUAUGUGGGGAGCGGGCAUAUAUGGUAACGUGAACUGCCACAAAGCAAUUUUAAUCCCAGUCAUCUUCAAAUGAAAGAGGGGUGGUUUUCACCUGACUUCUCUAAGAUGCAUAUAGCAGUAAAUAUAGCUUGGAUAAAAGCAAUCUCUGCCCCAAAAUACAGCUCAUGUGAGGAGAAAAUGAGCAAAGAUACUCUGGUGGAUGUUAAUCUUACCACUUAAUGCACGUACAGUAGAUGUUUAGAAACUGAAGCAUUAAGGGAAGAGGCUGAUUAAAAGCCAUGCAAUUAAUGCUAGGGCCUGUUUUUCUACAAGUGUCUUUUUGGUUUUUAGUCAUGUUAUUGACUCCCUGGAUUUGCUCCAGUUUUCUUGUAAGAAGAGGAAGCUUCGGGAUUUGUUAAAUAAAUAAAUCCCAAGCGAACCGAUUUUAGAGUCAUGGCUCUUGGAACAUUUUUGUCAUUUGUUUGUCUUUGAAAGAGGACAAAACCUAUAGUGAAACUGAGAAUGUUUUCAGUCAUUUAGAGGGGUCAUUUUAAACUGCUGGGUUAAUUUUUGUCUAGGCCCUGAAAAGGCAAUCAGGUGUCCGUUUACAUACACAAAGGCAUAUGUUUGCACAUCUAAAUCAUCGUGUGUUCAUAAUAAACUGGUUUAGCAUUCAGUCCAGAGAGAAUAUCUUUAACCUCUCGUCCAAACCCUGCAGCUGACUGUUGAACACAAAAGAUCUCAAGCAAGAGACACCUAUGCUUUUGGUGUGAGAAAGUUUGUGCUUAAUACCUGGUUAGAAACUCCUAAGUAUACACCUACAGCAGGGCAGUAUGUGGGUAACUACCUUGCUGCUUCCAAGUAUAAUGUUUAUCUUUAAUAGUUGCUGUUUGCUCUCAUGACAUUGUUCAUUGCAUCAGCCAAAAAGCCAGAAAUGAGCAUUUUGAUCAGGUGAAAUUGAAGGACUGAUUCAGAUAGACAUAGGUUUUAUUUCUGUGUCUAAAUUUUAUAUCAAAGUACCUUAAAUGAAAAGUUUUCAGAAAUUCUGCCUCUGUGGUAUUUUUCCACUUUGUUGAAUUCGUGUAUUGUAGAACUGCAAAUGUGACUGCAGAAUUGUAACUGUGACCAGCAAGUGGAGCAGGUGCCCUUCUCCUAGGGAGUUCUGCUGGAGUGAGUGUAAUGCUGUCUGAGAAACCAGAACAGGACAAAGACAAUAGAACAUGCUGUUAAAUUUAUCCUAUUAGGCUUACAGAAGAAGCUGUGAGAUGCUUUGUUUGGAAGUUUUGCAUUAAGUAUACAUUUAGCAAACAUGCAAGUGGGCAGAUGCUAGUCAUAUUAGCUCCUCAGAACUUUUUAUUCUGAACAAGCAUACUUACUGUGUUUUUUUGAGUACUUUAGGUAUUUUGGAACAGAGUUUUGCAAUAUGUGACUCAUGAAAUAGUAAGUGAUUAAAUAGGAGAGCUCACAAACCAAGACUUUUAGAACCAGUUUUUAUUCUGUUUGUGCAGAAGAAAUCUGGCAUUUGCACUCACACUUCUGUGAUCAGGCUGCAUCAGCAGGGACUUAAAAUGGCAGGAGAAGAUUCCUAUAUUAUGUCCGAUCCCCAGAUGUUUACAAUGGAUCAGUUCAUGGGAAUGAAUGCGUUAUUCAAUAAUACAAAUUACAUCACUUCAGACUUACCACUACGAACAGCAGAUGGACCCUAUCUUCAAAUCAUAGAACAGCCAAAACAGAGGGGGUUUCGUUUUCGAUAUGUAUGCGAAGGCCCUUCACAUGGUGGGCUUCCUGGUGCUUCUAGUGAAAAGAACAAAAAGUCAUACCCUCAGGUCAAAAUCUGCAAUUAUGUUGGACCUGCAAAAGUAAUCGUCCAGUUAGUUACUAAUGGAAAAUACGUCCACUUACAUGCUCACAGCUUAGUGGGUAAAUUUUGUGAAGAUGGAGUAUGCACUGUUAAUGCAGGACCUAAAGAUAUGGUUGUGGGGUUUGCAAAUCUUGGAAUACUUCAUGUCACAAAGAAGAAAGUGUUUGAAACUCUGGAAGCACGCAUGAUAGACGCUUGCAAAAAGGGAUACAACCCAGGACUCCUGGUGCAUCCUGAACUUGGCUAUCUGCAGGCAGAUGCGUGUGGAGACAGACAGCUAACGGAACGAGAAAGAGAAAUUAUUCGUCAGGCAGCCGUACAACAGACUAAAGAAAUGGAUCUCAGUGUGGUGCGUCUUAUGUUUACAGCCUUUCUCCCUGACAGUAAUGGUAGUUUCACGCGGAAACUCGAUCCUGUUAUAUCAGAUGCAAUAUAUGACAGCAAAGCUCCCAAUGCCUCCAACCUAAAAAUUGUAAGAAUGGACAGAACAGCAGGGUGUGUAACAGGAGGGGAAGAGAUUUACCUUCUCUGUGACAAGGUUCAGAAAGAUGAUAUUCAAAUACGUUUCUAUGAAGAGGAUGAGAAUGGAGGUAUGUGGGAAGGCUUUGGAGACUUUUCUCCUACAGAUGUACAUAGGCAGUUUGCUAUUGUGUUCAAAACACCCAAGUAUCGAGAUGUCAAUAUCACAAAGCCAGCAUCUGUAUUUGUACAACUGCGGAGGAAAUCUGAUCUAGAAACAAGCGAACCAAAGCCUUUUCUCUACUAUCCAGAAAUCAAAGAUAAAGAAGAAGUGCAAAGGAAACGACAGAAGCUCAUGCCGAACUUCUCCGAUGGCUAUGGUGGUGGCAGCGGUGCAGGAGGUGGUGGCAUGUAUGGAGGGGGUGGUGGCGGUGCUGGCUCUGGGUUCAGUUAUCCUUCAUAUGGAUACUCUGCGUUUGGAGGGAUGCAUUUCCACCCUGGCACAACAAAGUCUAAUGCUGGAAUGAAACAUGAACUAUCAAAUAGCACAGCUGAUCAAGAUGGGAAGAGUUCUGAUAAGCAAAGUGACAAAUGGGACACAAAACAUGAAAUGAAAAUGGAAAAUCUGGAGAAGAACGAGUGCAGAACCUCUGGUGAAAAUGAGGAGGAUGCUGCUGCUUCCUGUAAAACUGAAGUAAAUGAAGCAGAUUGCCGGUGGCAGGAUGGUCUGUUCCUGGAGAAGGCCAUGCAGCUUGCCAAGCGUCACUGCAAUGCUCUCUUUGAUUAUGCUGUAACUGGAGAUGUGAAGAUGCUGUUGGCGGUUCAGCGCCAUCUCACUGUUGUCCAGGACGAUAAUGGAGACAAUGUCCUUCAUUUAGCAAUUAUCCACCUUCAUACUGAGCUGGUGAAAAACCUCUUGGAAGUGAUUCGUGAUCUGAAUUCUAAUGACAUCAUUAACAUGAGAAAUGACCUUUAUCAGACCCCCUUGCACCUGGCAGUGAUCACCAAGCAGGCAGAGGUGGUAGAAGACUUGCUGAGGGCCGGAGCAGAUGUCAGCCUUCUGGAUCGCCAUGGCAAUUCCGUCUUACAUUUAGCUGCUGCUGAAGGAGACGACAAGAUUUUGAGUGUGCUCCUCAAGCACAAGAAGAUCUUAUCAAUGGUUGACCUUUCCAACGGUGAAGGUCUCAGCGCAAUUCACAUGGCGGUGAUGGCAAACAGCAUGUCCUGCCUCAAGCAGCUGAUUGCUGCUGGUGUUAACGUCAAUGCUCAGGAACAAAAAUCUGGACGAACUGCAUUGCAUUUAGCUGUUGAACACGAGAACAUCCCUUUGGCAGGCUGCCUUUUGCUUGAGGGCGAUGCGGAUGUGGACAGCACUACGUACGAUGGGACAACUCCUCUGCACAUAGCAGCUGGAAGGGGCUCUACAAAACUGGCAGCCGUCCUCAGAGCAGCAGGUGCAGAUCCUCACAUUGAGAACUUCGAGCCAUUGUUUGAUCUAGAUGAUGUGAAAGAUGAUGAAGAUGACGAUGAAGGGAUCGUGCCUGGAACAACACCGCUAGAUAUGGCGGCCAACUGUGAGGUGUAUGACAUAUUAAAUGGCAAACCCUAUGAGGCAACAGUGGUUUCAGAGGACUUACUGCCACAAGGGCAUUUGAAAGAGCUGAAUGAGAGUUCCAGAAUGCAGCUUUGCAAACUACUGGAAGCACCUGAUCCAGAGAAAAACUGGUCCACUCUAGCACAAAAACUGGGUCUUGGCAUACUUAACAACGCCUUCAGGUUGAGCCCUUCCCCAUCAAAAACUCUGCUAGAUAACUACGAGGUUUCUGGUGGUACAGUUCAAGAGUUGAUUGCUGCUUUGAAACAAAUGGAUCACACAGAAGCCAUUGAAAUAAUUCGAAAAGCACUGUCCAUCUCACACAGCCCAUCUCAGCAGCAGGACAAUACAGCGAAAGCUCUUCCGUUGUCAUCGCCACCCACCUCUGCAAACAGAGAGACAGGCGAGCUUUACAAUAGCAAAUUUCAAGACCCCGAAAGCACGUGUGACAGCGGCGUGGAGACCUCCUUCCGCAAACUGAGCUUCACCUACUCAGACUCUCUGAACAGCAAGUCAUCAGUAACACUGAGCAAAAUGACACUGGACUACGGCCAUGGAAGUUCAGCGCAAAGUAAUUACAUAGCCAACUAGUAAUAUUCCAUUAGCAACAUGCAGUUCCAGGAACAAAUGUGACAUUUAAAGUUACACCAGUGUCAUCCUGGCCCAAAGGAAGUGAAUUCAGAACCAAAAGUGCACUGGAGGAACCAGAAACGAACCUGAACCAAUUGUGACUUCAGCCUGUGGCUCCCAGCUCUUGCUUCCUUCCUCAAGUACGUUUCAUUUUAUUCAUUUACAGGCCAUGUACAAUAACCAGGGCUCUCCUGCUGCAUUCAUACACAGGACUGGACUGGGACUGACCUGAGCUUUCCUGGUUUGUGAGGAUUUUCUUUUAUAGCCAAAAGUCACUCCUUGUUAAUGCAUAAUACCAACACACUUAAUAAAAAGAGGUAAGGCACACAGAGCAAUCAAUGAGUACAGUUUCUAGCUGCUUUCUUCAUAAUUUUUGCAGCACAGUUAAAUGAAAAAGGCUUAUACAAUAACUGGCAAAGAAAAACCAUGACUUCAAUCACAACAAUGACAACUCAGAAAAAAGAGAAUCCUAAAAAAAAAAAUUAUCUUGUAUAUUUCAAAUAAUGUAUUUAAAAUUAACUUUGGUGCCUCUUAUAAAGAAAAAAAUUCAAGUUUGGCAUUUUUCUAUUUGUAAAUAGUUUUUUAAUAUCUGUUCCUUUAAAAAAAAAAAGUGCUUUUUAAAUGCUUAUUUUUAUUUUACUUUUAUAAUAAAAAUCCAAAAUGAUAUCUCA